AUGUUUAAUUGCAAAUUACUUCUUUUCUACCCUCUCUACGUAACUAAUGAUCAAGAAUCUAACAUAUCAAAGACUAAAUUAUUCAUAAAUAGCAUCUUUGAACAUCUAAUACACCAAAUUAAAUUUAUAUGGAUAUAUAAAUUAAAAUCUGAAAAGAAGAACAAAUUUCAAUAUAGACAAGAAGAUCAAAAAGAACCCUAAUUUAUAGAUGAUUCUAAAGGAGAUUUAAUUGCUGUUCUAAAUAAUGAUAUUAAAAAUAAUUAUAAUUAUACUAUCUAAGCAAUAAAGGAAAAUUUAUCCUAUCAAAUAAAGUAUAUUGUCAACAAAUCAAUCUAUUCCUUGAUAAACAUAACUUAAUAUUCUCAAGGAUUAUCAUUAUUGUGAAUUGAAUAAAUAUCUACCUUCUCAUUCAUUAUUAAUUUACAAUUAAUAUAAUUACAGAUUAUUCUAAUCAUAAUAUUAUUACAUAAGUUUUAUAUGCUGCUGGUAAAGAUUUACUUCAAAAUAUUAUCCUAGAAAGUAAUAUAAUAUCAUUUAUCAUACAAUGAUACAAUUUUUUCAUGUAGAACUAAAUUUUCGUAAAUAUUUUGAAAGAGGAUCCUAAUUUUUAUAUAAGUUCCAAGCCCAUAAUCAUUUUCCUGGAAUGGAAGUAUUAUUUUUAAAACCAUCUCCUUAGUAAAUUCUAUAAAUAACAGAAGUAUCCUUACCAGAAACAUUUAUCAUGAAUAGUACAACAUGAUUUCCUAUGACCUAGACAUUAUAAAAUGCUGAGAUUGUUUUAAGCAAUAUAAAACAUUAAAUAAAAUGGAAUAUCUUGUUAAAAAUCAUAUUAAACGAUAAAUCUAACAAUAAACUUAUGAACUAAAUUUUAUCCGAAUAAAAUAUUAGAUAAGCAAAAAUGUUGGAAUUUUGA